AUGCAGGAACCAGACUGUGACCUGGCCAAGCAGAGGAAACAGUUGGUCCAGGAACUGUGCAUGGAAAAACAAGGAGAGCACUUUGACCUGGGAAAGAAGAUCAGCGUUCCUCGGGACGUGAUGAUGGAAGAGCUUAACCUGCGGUCUAACAGAGGUUCCAGAAUGUACCAGGAGAGACAGAAGAGGGUGGAGAGGUUCACCUUGGAGAACGUAGCACCAGACACUCACAGGGUGGUGCCCCUCGACCCCCAGCAGCCAGACCAUAGCAGUACACACAACCAGGGAGCCUUACAAGGGGGGAAGAAUAAUUACCACACAGAGGUCUAUAUUGGACAACCAGGAAGAAACAGCCUAGUGAGAUCCCUGAAGAACACAAUAGCCAGUAAGGGAAACCCCAGUGUCCUGGCCCCAGGUUACAAUGGGCCUCUGAAAGAAGUUCCUCAUGAGAGGUUCAACGUCACUGUGAUUCCCAAGUCCUACUGCUCCCCAUGGCAGAUUCAGGACCAGAACGGUAACAGUGACAAGCUGCUGUCUGCCAUCUCUGCCCAUCUCCCUGAGCUGCCACAGAAGCUCACCCCAAACAACUACAGGUGCUUCAACAGGGCCCCGAUGCCAUUUGGGGGGACAGCAGGUAGUGUGAGGAUGUUCCCCCUGCCUGGGUUUGAGCUCCUGCAGGCCCAUACUGAACCGAGUCGAACCUGGGAGAGCAUAUGUGACCGGCCCAACUUCAACCGCACCCCAAGGGGCUGGGCUGCCCACUACACUGCUGAAACAGAGACUUCAGACCUCUGA